AUGUCACUGGGGCAGUUGAUGUCAGUCCUGCAUAAGACAGACACGAAGAAUGAAAAAGACUCUGCCAACACCUUCUUCCAGGGAACUCCCUUCGCUGCAUCAAGCUGUAUGAUCAAUUUCUCAGGCCCAGAGGGGUACAUUGAUUCGUCAGAUGAUCUGCCGCUUCCAGAUGGCGCUUUUCUUCAGUGCACUUACACAGUGACUGUGUACGGUUAUGGGGUGGAACUGCAGGUAAAAAGUGUUAACCUAUCAGAGGGUGAGCAGUUGUCAAUCCGAGGGGUAAAUAAGAAUGGCACUUUGCUGGUACUCGCCAAUCAGACACUGCUGGUAGAGGGUCAGGUGAUCCGCAGCCCAACCAAUAGUAUGUCAGUAUUUUACUGCUCUUCACCUGAGGGCAGCACUGGCACAUUCCAGCUUCAUUACCAGAUGUUCCAUCUGAGCUGCCCUUUGCCCCGGCGGCCUCACUUUGGGGAGGUAUCAGUUUUGGAUUUGCGCCCAGGGGGUACAGCACAUUUCUCCUGCCAUAUGGGUUACCAUCUGCAGGGUGCAGCGGUGUUGACCUGCCUUAAUGCCUCUCUGCCUACCUGGAACCAGCGUGAACCCAGCUGUAGAGCUCUCUGUGGAGGCACAAUAAAAAAUGCCAGUGUGGGCAGAGUGCUGUCACCAUCACCUCAAAUGAAUCCCAACAGCACUCUUGACCUCAGCUGCUCCUGGUCCCUUGAGGCUGCCAAUGGCCAGCGACUGCAUCUCCAUCUGGAGAGGAUGGUCCUGGGACCAACAGACCGGCUUGUUUUGUGGAGUGGUCUGGAUGCUGGCUCUGUAGUUCUGUUUGAUUCUGGUCGGGGGGUUCCUAUCCCAUUUGAGGGAGUCAUCAGCGAGGGCCCAGCAGUCAGAAUCCAGUUCAUAACAGACAAGCCAAACAACCAAAACACUGGUUUCAAUAUCCGUUAUGAGUCAUUUGAGAAGGGCCACUGCUAUGAGCCUUACAUCCAGAAUGGAAACUUCAGCACCACAGACCCAACAUAUGGUGUGGGAGCCAUAGUACAGUUCUCCUGUGAACCUGGCCAUUCUCUGGAGCAAGGCCCUCCUGUCAUUGAGUGCAUUAACACACGAGACCCCUACUGGAAUGACACAGAGCCUCUGUGUAAAGCGCUAUGUGGAGGAGAUCUGUCUGGACCCAGUGGCUUGAUUUUGUCCCCGAAUUGGCCUGACUGGUAUGGUGAAGGUGAAGACUGCGGCUGGAGGAUUCAUGUCGGUGAGGAAAAGCGUAUUCUGCUGGAUGUGCAGCUCCUUAACCUUACUGACAGUGACAUGCUGACCAUUUUGGAUGGUGAUGAGGUCACCACACAAAUCUUGGGCCAAUAUGUGGGCGGAAAAAGUCCGUUUAAGCUUACCUCCUCUACUCCUGAUCUUACCAUCACCUUUCAUUCUGAUCCAGCUGGUCUGGUCUUUGGGAAGGGAGAGGGUUUCAUCAUCAACUAUGUAGAGGUGUCUCAUAAUGAUUCAUGCCCUGACCUGCCUGAGAUUCAGAAUGGCUGGAAGACCACAUCACACACUGCACUGUUGCGAGGGACACGUAUUACUUAUCAGUGUGACCCAGGCUAUGAUCUGGUGGGCAGAGAGACCCUCAUUUGUCUCCUGGACCUGACCUGGAGCACCCAGCCCCCCUUCUGUGAGAAAAUUAUGUACUGCACAGAUCCAGGUCAUGUUGAGCACUCUGUACGGACGCUCUCUGAUCCCAAACUGCUGGUGGGAACUACCAUUCAGUACAGUUGCAAUCUAGGCUACAUUCUGCAGGGUGGUGCCACUUUAACUUGCUAUGGUCGUGAACCUGGAACCCCAGUAUGGACAUCUCACUUGCCACGUUGUAUCUUGGAAGAGUCGGUGUUUUGUGAGAAUCCUGGUCUUCCUGACAAUGGCUACCAGGUUUUGUCUAAGCGGUUUUAUCUGCCUGGGGAGUCCCUGAAUUUUAUGUGCUAUCAGGGUUAUGAACUCAUUGGUGAAAUUACAAUUAAGUGCAUACUAGGCAAUCCUUCAUUUUGGAGUGGACCAUUACCCAUGUGUAGAGCUAAUCAUGAAUGCUCCAGCAACCAUGCUUUAGAAGUGGCAGAGGCUACAGUCGAAUCAUCGCUGGAUGGGGGAAGCAUGGCUCUGACUAUAUUCAUAUUAGUUCUUUUACUGUCUCUCUUUCUUGGAGGCACCUAUAUCUAUGUCAGAAGGUGCCAUUCGAACCUACGCUUGCCGCUCAUGUACCCUCACCCAUACAGACAGAUCACUGUGGAGGCCGAGUUUGACAAUCCUAUAUAUGAGACUGGUGGGGACACAAGAGAAUAUGAAGUGUCAAUAUGAACAGGCCUGCUGCUGUGAAUAAAAGUUACAAAUGCAGAGAAAGUGAUGUAAAUAGAUCCUGACAAUUCCACUGCUACCCUAACUUCCACAACCUCCCAAAUCUCCAAAUCUGCAGAAUGCAUUGCAGAUAAAUCAGGUUGGACAGAGAGAAAGAGAGAGAGAUGAAGUAGGGAAGGGAGGUGGACAUAAGGAAGGGUGGUUUUGUUGAAGAGAAGGUGAAUAAUUGAAAGUGGCUGUGGUUUUACUAUUGAAUUUGAACAUUUAUGCACUGACGGCAGGAGCUGUGUUGUUUAAAAAUGUGUGUGUGUGUGUGUGUGUGUGUGUGUGUGUGUGUGUGUGUGUGUGUGUGUGUGUGUGUGCGCCCUGACUUCCUGUCUGUCAUUUUAAGGCUUUGUACCUAACCAAGUUUGUAGUGCAGGUUUAAAAGUAGUAUUUUUCCCAAGCAAUGUGAUGUCAGACUAAAACAGAGAACAGAUAAUUUAUUUAUUUUCAUGUAUAUAAAUAAAUAUGAUUAAUGUACAUUUGAACAGAAUAGUGGUAAAACCAUAGAAAUAAAACAUUGGUAGCUUCUAUAAAUUUCUUAAUAAAAUUGUGUUCUUACUUGUGAA